AUGGCUGCGGAAUCCGAGAGGCCGCCUUACUCCAAUGGUGACUCUGGUCGAACCAGAGGACCCAAAGAUGCGGAGACGGCUUCGGAUCCCACGUAUCGGUCGGCCAGGGAAGACAUGACAGAACUACCACACCCGGCCAUGAAACCCCAUGGUCAGGCUAUGUCACAGAUGCCUAAGUUCACCACCAAUAUCCCUACGUCUUUUACGACAUCUACAACCAACUCCGCCGUCUCGUCCCGCGAAUCCUCCCCUGUCCGAAUCUCCUCACGUACACGCAAUUCGUCAACGACUAGUCGAGUGCACUCUCAAUCUCGACGAAACAGCCAAGAUCGAAGCAGUCCCAACCGAUCAUCCCUCAACAGCAACUCCUCGGGUAUACCUACGCAAUCUUUUACCUCGCCUAGCCCACGUCCGUCAGCGCAACUGAGCAAUCCGCCGAUCUUCUCACCUCCUCCUGACCCCGAUCCUCCGGCCAAUGUCCUCAGUCCCGAAAAGCCUAACAUGCCAUCAUGGGCGGGGAAUCGUCGCGCGGAGCAUGAGUCGACUCCUUCAAAUACCUCUCACAAGAGGAUCGCCUUGCCACCUCCCGAAGAACAAGGAAUGGUGGAGCGAAGUACCCCUCGGGUGGCUACCAGGGGUGUCAGUGGACAAGGUCCCUCCCUGGAGACAGUUGAGGAGAUGGCUAGUAAUCCUUCGACGCCCUCGAGUGAUACAGCUCUCAAACCCAUGACUCCGGAAGACUCUCGGUUACACACGAUCGAUGAAGACCCAACGCCUCGGGCGUCAAAACAAAGCGUCGAGAGUGGGAGUGAGAGUGGUGGUACCCGGAGUUCAGAGCCGGCAGAAGAUGGACGUUCUCAGGCUACUGGAGGGGCUAAGACCCCGAAGACCCUCAUGCCGCAACGCUCAAGUACCUCGCUAAGCGCUGGAGCUCGCGGGAAGCCUGCUGAUGGCUCAGUGCGCAACAUGAUUGUGGAGACUGAGACGGUCAGUUCAAUCCCACAGGUAUCAUUGGGAGUUGGGGCUGGCGAACGUGGAAACACUGGUCGCGCUGAUCAGGGUACUCUGAAGAACAAGAAAUCGACAGAUACAGUCAGGGCGCCAGUGGCCCGCAGUAAUCCCCAGAAAAGAAAGCGAAGGCCGAAUGCUAUUCAACCUGGUCCCACGUCAAGCAAAGCAGAUAUAUUUGAAGCUAAAGUUGCUAGUGCUGUGGACGAGGCUGACGUCUCUGAUUCUGACGAGACAUUUGUGUAUGAAUCGAACCCGAUAGAUUACCCUCCACGACGAUACCACUCUCGGACGCCAAGCGCAACCUCAAUGGCAAGCCAGGUUGACCAGCUGGCUGGUCGAAGCCGCCUGCGAGAAGGCGUGCACAGCGUGACUGGGAAGCGCAGCAUGAAAUUUACCAAUAAUACGUUUAAUAGCAGCUUGGAUGGUGAGGCGAUCGAGGCGGAUGGACGAAGCGCCUCUAGAGUUGAAGGUAGCGGUACCAUUACUCCGCGGCACCAUUUUGCGCACCGGAAUCGCAAUGGGGACCACAGGUCUCUCUUUGAUAGCGAUGGACCAUUCACUCAACCUCAAAGCCAGAAAUCUCCACGGCAUUUUAUUGGCGGGCAGCGGCAUUCACGGAACACCAAUACUCGGUCGUCGCCGAACUACAAGACCAUUAAUGGGCUCAAGAAAGCGAGCGAUAUCUACGGAUAUGACUUCGAUGCAGAGGGGGCUGAUGAUGAACGAACACCAUUGGUCCGUCCACCACGCAGUAGUCGGGGUGAACGCAGCAGUAGACGACCCGGUGGAAGCUCACGACAGGUUGAGUAUAUCACUCAACGAGAACGUCGGUACUUCUCACAGUUUGGCUCGUGUGUCGUGAUCAUUUUGCUAUUGCUCAUCGUUGCUGGUGGUGCGACGUCGUUUUUCAUAGCUGCUACCAAAUCACUCUUGGAAGUGCAGGUUGUAGCUAUCGAAAACGUUCUCGCAUCGGAACAAGAAAUUAUGCUAGAUCUAGAAGUGUCCGCGGUCAAUCCGAACAUCUUCCCUGUGACGGUUGAUGUCGCUGAACUCAACAUCUUUGCUAGAAGCAAAUAUGUUGGCACAGACAAAUUAUGGCGCGAGCAUGACCCAAAGGACCUCGAUCAUUUCCCCCGGGUCAAAGAAAGCCGACGCCGCUGGCAGUUAUCCCAGAUUGUUCAAUGUCUUGGGGACAUGGAUUGCGUCCAAGCGGCCGCGUCCGGUCAUUCUUGGCUAACGUUCAAGAAGGAGUACGGUAAAGGUGGUGUCGACGAGGGCACUGAUCCCAUAAAGGACCCGGAACAUGAUUUACAGACUAUGUUGCUCGGUCGAGUUAUGGUCUUCGAUUCGCCACUUUCGUUUCCGGCAUCGCCUUGGAGUUACGAUGCGUCUACUUCCAAGGGCCAGAUUCGUCUACCUCAACCAGGCAACGGAACAGAAACAGGCGGCACCGAGCGUUGGGAGCGAGUCCUUCAACACCCUUUCGACCUGAUCGUUCGGGGAGUUAUCAAGUACCAAAUUCCGCUCAGCUCUGGUUACCUCUCCGCGCCUCUCAGUGGAAGCGUUCGGUAUGAUCCUGAAGACGAAAGCCAUAAUCCGAAUACGCCCCCGAGCAAUGGAACUGCUAAAAUAAACACAAAAACACCCCCUAAUCCUCUUCCCCUCGCGGACCUUGAUUCACAACUUGAAGGUCGGGUUCGGGCAUCUAAACGACAGUUCACGGCAUAA